UUAAACAGUCAACCGCCAGAUGCAAUUCAGUAAACGUCGUGCAUUCAACAGAACAGCAUCAACCGACACACGCGAUCGGAUGUGGGUCGAAGGUGCUAGUUAAGUGACUACAAAGUAACGAAUUUAGAAGUAGCAAUCUGUUAAGAAUUGUCGAUCGCGGAGCAAACCGAUCAAUUAAUCAUGCGCCGCGCACCUUAAUCGGAACGCGAUGCAAGAAACAAGAACAACAAACGCGAUCAUCGUCGUCUAGUCGUCGUCGUCGUCGUCGUCGUCUUCGAUACAGAAAUAGAACGCCGUAAUAACAACCACUUGAUGUGGGGUGUAGGUUUUCUAGAAUUGUUUCCCCCUUACUUUUCUCGGUCCAAGCAACCCGAUCGGCACGCGAAAAGUAAGAACUCUGAGACUGACGAAGACGAGGGGGGUCUUUUUCACUUUCGUUGGAAAUUCGCCGCUCAGACGUUGUCGUCUCAGUAGGCGGUGUGUGAUAAUAAGUGAAUCAUACAGCAUAGUAUUUGAGACAAGUGGUCUGGAAAAUUGAGUGUUCUUCUUAGUUAGAUAAAAUAGCGAUAGUGGUCUAAUGAGUCAACCGUCGAUGGUGCUUGCAGCAGCCGAUAGUGGAACCAAAACAAAGAAAAGAUGCGUGACUUAUGGGGAAAAAGCUGACGAUUAAAUCACACAGUUCAUGGCAAUAAAAUGACCAUAUGAUUCGAGGAGCACUUCAGGAAAAAAAUAUUUGCUGUGAAGCAGCAAUAGAAGGAAUAAGGAAUCAAAUUCAUCUCCUCUCCAAGGGGGAUUUCCGAUGGAGCAUAUCUACUAGUUAACGAAUCAUGUUGUACCUAACGUAGAGAGCACAAAAGAAGAAAAAUAUACAGACUUAGGAAAAAAAAGUGAAGUGCAAAAGUUCAAAAGUCAACAGAAAAAGAGUGGAUAGUGAUUUAGUGUGUAGAAACAAAUUGCGAGAAAAUAGUGCAAAAUGACCCACGGUCCACCGGCUUCCAGAAAGCGGCCAGCUGCUCAGAAUGGUGGCGGAAAUGGCGUUGAUCCGGAAGGGCACCACAAUCCACAGACCCAGACCCAGAUGGAAGAAAGUGGGCUUCCCACACCCCCGGAUGGUGGCUGGGGAUGGAUGGUUGUGCUCGCUUCCUUCUGCAUACAUAUAGUCACCGACGGUCUCACCUACUCGUUCGGAAUAUUCUACGUCGAGUUCCUGGAUUACUUCAAAGAGGGCAAAGGCUACACGGCAUGGAUUGCAUCAAUCUUGGUCGGAGUGACGUUGUGUUCCGGUCCCAUCUCGUCCUCGCUGGUGAACCGUUACGGUUGCCGCAUCGUCACGAUAGCAGGUUCGGUGCUAGCGUCCGCUUGCCUCGCCGUCAGCAUCUACGCCCAGAGCGUCUUCAUGCUGUUCAUCACGAUUGGGCUCGGCACCGGGCUGGGCCUGGGACUGAUCUACCUGCCUGCCAUCGUCAGCGUGACGAUGUACUUCGAAAGACUGAGAUCCCUGGCCACCGGAAUUGCCGUGUGCGGUUCCGGCCUGGGGACAUUUAUCUUCGCUCCGUUGACGGAGAUCCUGAUCAAGCAGCUGGGCUGGCGCGGGGCGUUGUUGGUCAUUGCUGUUAUUGUCCUGGGGACCAGCAUAUUCGGUGCCAUGUUUAGGCCCCUGGUGGCCACGGAAAAGACUGUUGAGGAAGGGAAGCUGACGGUGGCUGAGGAAUCGAAUGGAAGGGGAGUAGCUAAGGUGGUUGCCAAUGGCGUGACGGAUGCUAGCCGAGUGAGAUCACAGAGCUUCGGCAGUUCGCCGAAGCUUGCCUUGAAUACGAAUGCAAUUUCAUCGAGUGGACACAGUUUGAACAUUAAACCUCCUCACAGUGAGGAUCAAAACAUUCGGGAGAUUGCAGUCAGUCAACCGUUGCUUUCGGCAAACAAUUCGGAUGAACAGUCCAGGGGAAGUUCCUCGACGAUCAACGCAAUCAAACGGGCUGAAAGUGGAACAAUGUAUCGGAAAGAUGCCCUCUACACGGGGUCCGUUCAUAACUUAGCCAAUCAGAAUCCAUCGUACUCGAGCUUGGCCUUGCAGGACCGAAGUCGUUACGGAUCAGUUCAAAUGAAUGGUGUUAACAAGAGUAAAUUCGAUGAACAGGAAACGGUUUGCUGCGGAUGUAUUCCGUGUUCCAAAGAAACUUCCGAUACCUUCCAGGAAAUGAUGAACUUCUCGCUGCUGAAAGAUCCAAUCUUUAUCAUUUUUACGGUUUCGAACUUCCUGACCAGCGUUGGGUUCAAUAUUCCCUACGUCUAUCUGGCCGCUCAAGCUGCUGUCCUGGACAUAGACACCAAACAGGCCAGUUAUCUGCUCGGGAUAAUCGGGAUAGCGAACACAGUAGGCCGUAUCAUUCUCGGUUAUCUGUCGGACAAAACCUGGGUAAAUCGUCUAUUAGUCUACAACCUGUCGCUUACGAUUUGUGGCUUAGCCACUGCCUUCUCGGUGAUGUGCCUCGAUUUCUACAGCCUGGCCACGUAUUCGGCCGUCUUCGGUUUCACAAUCGGUGCCUACGUCGGGCUGACCUCGGUCAUCCUGGUCGAUCUGCUCGGGCUGGACAAACUGACGAAUGCCUUCGGAUUGCUGCUGCUGUUCCAGGGCAUUGCUUCCUUCAUUGGACCUCCCCUGGCUGGAUCGCUGUACGACAUUACGGAAUCCUACAAACCGGGCUUCAUUCUAGCGGGCACAACGAUCGCGAUCAGCGGCGUGAUGCUGUUUGUCAUUCCUUGCAUGCAGAAACGCCUCAGCCAAAAACAGAAAUCGAACGAAGUUCAGCUACAGCAGCAGCAACAACAAGGCUGAAGAAGGACUCUGGUGCUAGCUUAUUGCUCAAUUACUCAGUCAAGUUGAUUGUGUCAAAGCGAUCAACCAAUCACAAAUCACAAAUUAUCCAAAAAACCGAUAAACCAAUCACAAAGUCGAGAGCACGAUUACAGGAACAGAAAAGUUGAUUUUUUUUCGACGAAAGUUACUGAAUGCAUGCGAUAAGAUGAUGCAGGGUGAGGUUAGAAAGAAGAAACAGGGUUAGCUUUUACGAGAGCAUCAAAGGUGGGCCUUAAUGUGAUAGUGACACUUCCAAACAAAAAUAACAAAAAGCGAAUUGUCAUCCAUUAUCAUCAUCAAUUGUGAAAUCGAUUCAAAUGUUCUUUAAUGCUAGUUAUAGGAAUAUCUAAAAAAAUCAUAAUUUAAGGAAUAUUCAACUUGAGAGGCCCUCACAGUUAAUCACCCAACAGCUCUACAAUCGUUUCUUGGAUUCUAGAUGUUUUUAAGCUACCAACUUAAGAGCUACUGAUCAAUCAUACCAAACUAAGUAACGUUUGUUAAGUAACAUAUCGAAACACUACUGGUGCAAUCUUUAAUGGAAGAAUCUUGAGAGCAAGGUUAAAUCAGAAGAAAAAGAAUAUUUUAAAGCUAUAGAAACCAAAAAAAAGCCUUCGACAUCAUGUUAUAUCAAUACUACUCAGCAAAACUUCCAAUAGUAGGGUUAAUGCAACAAUUAAACAAAAUUUGGCCGGGAGGGACCAUCUGUAGAAGUGCGAAAUAUGUAGGUUUUAAAAUACAAAAGGGCAGAAUUUUUUUUAGUAAGAAGGUACUUUCAACCGAAAAGCGCUGAAAAAUCAACACUAGAUCGUGGAAUCGGCUCGUGUGGGAGGAUAAUUCAAAGAUUGAAUUGUACGAUGAUAGGUAAACAAUUACAAACAAAUUAUCGUUAAGAUAUGAAAAGUUUAAACUAUGUUUAAGUUUAGGUCUUUAUAUUUUCAUGAUGUUCCAGUCACUAACAACCUAUGGAUGUUUCUGUUGUUUUUUCUUAUGUUUAUUUUUUUUGUUAAAAAAUAAAAUUAAAAUUCUUACAUUUCA